UCCGGUGCUGAACCAACGUCGCUUAUAACGGGUUGCUUUGCUCUUUUCUUGUUAAUACUUCAGCUUGGGCGAGCUGGUGGUUCAUGCUCUUUUUUCUUGCAGCGGAGCCCGCAAAAUAGGCUAGUCGACUGUGAAUAUGGACUCACUAUAUGAGGGUUGGAUAUUCACCAUAACUGUUGUAUAGUUACUUGCGAUAUAUUGAAUUGUGAUCUCCCAAGUGUAGUUCCCAGAAACUUAAGCAUCUUUUGUUAGAACCUACCUCCAUUAUUGUGGUAAUGAGGACCGAAACAGAAAUUAAGAAGCAAGGAGACCUUUACGCCGGCAUUCCUUAUAGUUGUUCCUCUUCGAAUCUCAUCAGCUUUCUCGGCGACUCAUCACCAGAAUUCUACGCUUCACCGAAGCAUCUGCAGUGUUCGUCUAGUUAUCCCCAGGCAAAGCCUAAGUUUAAGCAACAUGGGCCUGACAGCAUCCACAGCUGGCUAACUGCGGCAGCUUGUGCGUUGUCCACCUUAUUCGCCUUGGCUCCGCUGAGAAGCUCUGGAUUUCUCUAUGUGACCAUUAUGAACGAAUUCAACGUGAGCCGACAGGAGGCAUCUUGGACAAUCAUGAUCUUGGGAGGUGCAAGAUUUCUGUCAGGAUUGCUGGCGGGCUUCCUUGGAGACGCCUUUACUACCAGACCCCUGAUUAUCUUUGGGAGCAUCGUGUCCGCCUUGGGUGUAGCGCUGUGUGUUUUUGUCAAAAGCAUUUGGGUGCUACACUUGACUCUGGGCUUGAUACAUGGAUUUGGCAGUGGAAUCGUCUAUUCAAUGAACCCGAUUGUCAUAAGUGAACACUUCAUUAAACACAAGGCGUUUGCUAUGGGCAUCAACUACGCCGGUUCCACUCUUGGCACCUUUGUCUUCCCCAAACUUUUAGAGUACGUCGUGGGAUUAUACGGCUUUCGUUAUGCCAUGCUCAUUUUUGGCGGCAUACUGUUUAACUCCGUGGCAUUCAGCUUGUUUCUACGUCAACCAUUCUGGCUAAAUAAACGCGCCACAGUGAGCAACACCUCUGAAAUAUGUGAGCUAGGAUUUCAAGGGCCGACUGAACCCUUCAUCAUCUCGGGAUCCAUAACAGGCCAAGUUACAAGCCACAACGACAAGCCUAACUUAAUUUAUAGAGGUCUGAAUAUCGCCCGCUUGCCCAUGUUCUACGUAGUUACUUUUUCCUUCAUCUCGUUCGGUCUGGGUUACGAUUGCUACAAUUCCCUUCUCGUCGACUUCGCCAUUGACAAGGGGAUAGCCAAAAGCAAAGCCGUCGGAAUGACAUCUUUGUGCUCUGUGGCCGACCUAGCGGGAAGGUUGAUCCUGCCCGCGUUGACGGACAGGAAUCUCGUCAAGAGAAGCACACUGAUGAUUCUAUUGCUUUCCCUCGUUGGGGUAUUAUACAUCAUGCUGCCUUACGUCAGCGAAUGCGGCUAUAUUUUCACACUGACUCUCGGACUAGCGGCUUUGCUCGGCUGUGGUGUAGUGCUCUUUCCAGUACUUCUUGGAGAGUAUGUUGGUCUCGAGAGUAUAGCCAUGGCAACAGGGUUGAUGACCUCACUCUCAGCAGUCUUCUCAUUUACCAAGCCCUCAAUUAUUGGUUACUUCCGUGACACCCUUGGCGCUUAUAACCUUCUUUUUGUGGCCUGCGGUUGUGUUACUAUUUUGGCGUCAUCGACAUGGGUGGUUGCAGAAUAUGCAAGACAGAAGACCGUAAAGAACAAAUGGACUAUCGACCAAACGCAAACUACAACCAACAUUUUGGUGGGGACAUAUUCGCUCAUCCCUUGAUUAUACACCUCGUUUACAAGGAAUGUCUACGGGAUAAACCCUUAAGAAACAUACUGUUAAGUGCCCACUUGCUUACUUAAAAAUAAAGUUUAACCAGCGCGGGGAAUAAUUUAUUUUAUUUAUUGUCAUCGUAAAAAAAAGUUUAAUAAAAUAUUCUAAAAACGUUCUU